AUGUCGCACGAACGCGAUUUGAUGCUGGAGUGGAGUUCUGAUAAAGUUCGCCGUACAGUGGGCCGCACUGCGCCGCGUCUAUUUCGGACGCGGGAUCGUGGGGUAUCGCUUCGUGAAGAAAACGAAAUGGUGAAUCACGCGGGGAAUUUCGUCCCCGCAAAUUUAGACGGUGACGAUGACGCGUCCCGUGAUUUACUUGUUUGUCUCCUCGCGACGUUGCAAGGGGCGCGCGGCCGGCCCGCGAUU